UCAAGAAUGACGGUCUUUAAUUUUGACUAGUUAGUUCUCCGUUUCUUUUCUGAUUUUUCGUGAAUAUUCAGCCAAUGUUAAGAUUUUAAAAUGGAUCGGCCGGAACAUUCCCAAACUGAGUCGUUACUGACUGCACAACGGAAUUUUGAAAAAAGGUUUAGCUGCCCAAUUUGCUUGGAACCCCGACUGAAAAUGGUUGUGUCAAGCUGUCAGCACAGAAUCUGCGCAGAAUGCCUCUACGACAAACAGAAUAAACUCUACAAGGCGAUGGCCAAGUGCCCAACGUGUCUGAGAGAAAAUGUUUAUCCAGCUGAAAGACCAGACAUACCUGAAGACAACAUUGAGAUUCAGCGGCAGCUCGGUGUUACUCAGUGUCCCCUAGAUGGCUGUGACGUAGGACUCUGGAUAUGGGACGUUGAAAAGCACAUAGAGUCUUGCUCUUAUGCUGUGGUUUCACCCAAACCAGGAUCGAAACGAAAACGAGUGCAGAAAGCCAUAACCCAGAAAGAUUUGCCCAUCUCCCCCAAGUAUAAACAUCCGAAACAGGAACCCUCAUCUCAGUCCGAGUCACCUGUUAACAAAACCCCGCUACAACAAACAACAAACAAAGUAGAGAACAAGAUCUCCCUGAGACCACGGCCCCAAGUCAGAAACACACCACCGAACAAUCGUUGCAAUAGGCCCAGAGAAUUGUUGCCAAGCCCGAGAGACUUUCACUGCAACCCGGCAAGAGAUUGGUCGCCAAGGGGACAAAUUUUCAACCGUGAGAACCUCGAUGCUACCAAUAGAUAUCAGUACCUGUUGCGUUCACAUCAAAUGCAAGGCCAGCCGUUUCCCUUUCCUGUGUACCGUCCGUAAGAAAGCACGACCCGGAAGCUUAACUGGUAUGCGGAAAGGUGUUUUUGAAUCAAUGAGAAGGAAAUAAAAUAAAGGAAAGGUUGUGGGACAGGUAAGUUCUCAACAGAGUCCUGUCUGGGAGAAAUUACCACAGAGACCAAGAACUGUUUAAAGAUUCAUUUUAAAGGCACUGGAAACUGUUGGUAAUUACUCAAAAUAAUUGUUAGCAUAAAA